UUUUUUCAGUUACUAUUUUUUUCUCUCUUAAGUUAUUUUAUAAUCAAUACUCAUUAUUUAAGAAAAAUGUAAAUAUUUAGAAAUUUGACACAUAUUAAAAUUAUAUUAAAUCUUGAUUAUUAAUAUAUUAUUUUGUAAUUUUUUUGCAUACUUAUAAGUAAUGAAUUUCAAUAAUCAUGAUUGAUUUAAUUAAAUAAAUUAUCACUAAUUAUUCUUUGAUCUUCUUGGCCCACGGGGAUGCAGUAACGUCGUUAGAUUGUUGAUUCAUGGUUGUCGGUUGAUCAAAGAUAUUUUGAUAAUGAGCUAGCUUCAGUGGCGUCGCACUCAUUUAUCGUUAUUUGGCAUUGAUCACAACAAUCACGUUUUCUUCUGUAGUCAUCUUAGUAACAGUCCCUUGUCGUUACUUGACUUGCCCACCACUUGAACCCAAGUCAGAGUUUUCUUGAAUCAUGGAACGUUGGUCAAGCAUCUUGAAGAUUCCCUUGAAUGCUACUUCUAGUAACCACUACAGAGUUGCAGCCUCUCUCUGCCUUUCUGAAGUUCCUUCUGCAAACGCGAUAUUCUUCCAUGGAGACAGAGUUCGAGAUACUGGGAACCAUGUGAUAGAGAGGCUUUAUGAUUUGCAGAUAGUUGCUGAGAUUUUAGUUUCUAAAUUUGGAAACUCUGUUAACGCUUGGGUUGUUGAAGCUUCUCUCUUUAACGGACCUUUUGCUGUCUACAAGGACUUUGUUCCUUCAGUGAAUCGAUAUGGAGAGCCAACAACAUCUUAUUCUCCUGUUGGCUUCCCAGCUUCUUCGUCCAUUGUCUCUCUCUUAUCCACUUUCCUUCAAGAGAGCAACGAAGGUAACGACCUGUGUUUGAGGAACCCUUUUGCACACUGUCCCAGAACCAUUCUUCUUGGGUUUAGCAAGGGUGGAGUUGUGAUGAACCAGUUUCUGACUGAGAUGAGUUACUUGGAUACAAACUCUGAAGAGGUUGGGAUGAUCAUUCCAGCCUCCAAUGAAAGCUUCCUCAACAGCAUUUCUCAAGUCCACUACGUCGAUGUAGGGCUGAACUCCCCUGGCGCCUACAUAACUGAUCACAGCGUCGUGCAGAGAAUCUCCCAGCGCCUUGUUGCACGAGGAGGGGGAAACAAUUCGGUGCGCGUUUUCAUUCACGGAACUCCCAGGCAGUGGCGUGAUGAGCAGCGUGGAUGGAUUCUCAAGGAGAAAGAUGAGCUGGUUCGCUUGCUCAAAUCUGAAGGUGAGAACUCGUGUGGGAGUCUACGAGUCCAUGAACGGUUCUAUUUUGUUGACAGGGUUGCUGACAUGCAAAUGCACUUUGAGAUCAUUGAUGCUAUGGAUGUCUCGUCAGAAUGAUCAUAUCACUGUCUCAAGGUAAUAAAGAAAUAAAAGAGUCUAGAAGCUUGUUUACUUGUAACUAUCAGUUUUGAGUUUCACAUCUUAGUAUACUUGUAAAGAGUGGCUCUCAAAUUGCAAAAGCUAUUUUCCUCUUCUCCUAACUACACCCUCCGUUUCAAUAUAGUUGAUGUUUUAGAAAGAUAAUUUUGUUUCAAAUUAGAUGAAGUUUUGAGAUUUUAAGGUUAACUUUAACUUUAUUGGAAACUGUUCAACCAAUUAGAUUUCACUGUUUUUUUAUUAUUGGUUAAUUGAUUCUAAAAUAAUAUUUUUAAAAUAUUUUUUUAUAAAAAUCUAGUUUUCUUAAUCUUUGUGCACAAAGUCAAAACAUCAAGUAUUACGAAACAGAGGAAGUAUGUUUUUUUUUAAUGAGACCAAUAUAUCUUGUCUUGGUCAAAGCUUGUUUCAAUGUGAGAAAGUUGCAUAAGUUCUUUACUUUUCAAAGAUAGUAUAUAAUAACAAUGAACAGAGCCGUAGAGGAUGAAGAAGAUAGACAAAACACCACCUUCCAGACCUUUUGGACCUGUUAUUACAGAGAAACACAAGUCUCAUAUGUCACACAUACAGUGUUACAGUCUUUGGUACAACAAUUGUGCACUUUUUGUUGGUAAAAGUAUAUAUUAUGCACUUUCCUUACUUUAGGUUUUUGAAAAAGAUGUAGCAAAUGUAUAGAUUGAAACUUUAUAUAUUGAAAAAUGGUUCUUGUAGUUUUCUUUCAUUAUCGCUGUGAUAAAAUUGAAAAAUGGUUCUUGUAGUUUUCUUGAAAAAUGGUUCUUGCUGUUUUUGUUCUCCAUGUUCCAUUCUUUCACAUAGAUCCUCCAUACAGGCGUUAAUGCAGUUGUCAGCGAUCUGAUCUAUCCUUUUUCUUGUCUCUGCAUCCACCGGAAUGUCAUCUUCACUGUUGUACACAGUAUGAAACUUGUAAACAUCUUCCUUUCCCACCUCAGUAAAGAAAUCAAGGUGUUCUUUUUUGAUUCUCUUAGACCAUGGAGAAGCCACGAAGAUGUAGAAAAUUGGUGCCUUGAUACCCAUCAUCUCCAGGGCUUUGAGGAUAUGUGUAGUAGCCUCUUCAGCUGUCAUCCCUUCACUGAUUUUCACAUUCUCAUAGUCCCAAAUAACAAUUACUCUGCCGGCUUGAAACAGAAUAGUGGGUCUGGGGUUCAUGACACCACCGUUGACGUUGACACCACCACAUAGACGGAGUAAAAGAUGAAGCGUGGAUCCCUUCUUAAUGGAGUAGUCAGCAGCAAGAGUGCAGUCAUCAUGGAGCUCUUUACCUUCAAAGAUCAGCCUUUGGUGGUAGAGUGGGAUUCCUAACUUGUGCUGAAUCCUUGACUUAACGAUCUUGAUGCUGUCGGAGGACAAAACAUCAAGUGUUAUGGUCUUCCCUGUCAAACUGUUGACAAAGAUUUGGAACCUCCUUGCCACCAACUCCUCCUUUUAAAAGAAAACCAAAACCAAAUCAGCAAACUAAAGUUGAUUUGUAAAAGCUAACAUCCAAAUAGAUGAAAAGAAAAAGCUUAAACCUUUGGAAGAAAAACCCUAAAUCCAUAUGAAGAAAGUUUCUUUCUUUUUCAUUUUUUCAUAUCCAAAUCGAAAACACAAGUCUGAAAGUAGAGAAAAAGCUUAAACCUUUGGAAGAAAAACCCUAAACCCAUAUGAAGAAAGUUUCUUUGUUUUUCAUCAGUUUUGGUGAAGUUUAACUUACAAAUCUAAAACAUAACUGAAAAGGAGAAAAAGCUUAAACCUUUUUAUAGGGUUUUACCUCCUCCAUUGUUGUUCCUCAGAGUUGAGCUUUGCUGCAAUUGAGAGAAGAAGGCGCUACGCCAAGUGCUCAAUUUUUAUUUUAUUUUGCAAGUUAGAAGUUUCUAAAGGAAUGUCGUUUUACUUUCUUUAAAAAAAAAAAAAUAAAUAAAAAAAAUAUUUUGUAGUAUCUAUCUAUUGCAUUUUUAACUUCUUGAAUUUGGAAACAAUAUAAAUUUAGAAUGUUUUUUUGUUUGUUGUCUUUUUAUUGUCAUGUCAAUCUACCGUAAGGUUUCUCUUCUCUUGCUACAUUCUCUAUUACAAGUGUUACCAUUGAGUGCUCUAAACUGCAGCCUCUUAUAAUGCAUUUUUAACUUCUUGAAUUUACAUCACGCGAGGACUCAUGUAACUAACGUAUGAUGAAAACAUGAAUGGGUUUUAUGAAUUAAUAUAAAUGGAUGUUGAAACAUUAUAGUGUCAUGAAACAAUAGAAAUUAUAGUUUUUUCUUUCUUUUGUGUGUGUUUGUUUAUCAUGUCAAUUGUCAAUCUACCGUAGCAUUUCCCUUGCCUACAAGUGUUGCCUAAUUUUCUGACACAAGCGAAAGUAAAACGUGAGCCUCAUCGAGAAAUUUCCCUAAUGGCUAAAAACGUUGUGUUUGGGCUUAAGGAUCAAAGAAAUGAAGAGACUAUCGCGAACAAAGCAAAAGCGUUGUGUUUGCGCUCAAGGAUCAAAGAAACAGAGUGCUCUGCUCUUAUGAUUGUUUCAAAAAAAACAAAAAUUGGCAGAAAUAGUUUCAAAAUUGUAUACACUCAAUAAACUUAUGAAGAAGAAUGCAAGAGAGUUAUCGAAGAAUCUCAGUUGGCUGUUACGUCUUGGUAGAUUAAGUAGCUACAGUUGUAAAUUA